UAUUUCUUUCAGAUAACAAAUUUUCAACAAUUAAUGCCAAAGAUAUUGCAGAAAUGCUGAAGAUGAACGAAACUUUAGGAGAAUUAAUGUUGAAUUAUUGUAAUAUAGAUGAAGAAGCCGGGGUAUUAUUAGGAUCUGCUCUAGCUAAGAAUAUUGGUUUAAAGUGGUUAGAUUUAAGUUGGAAUGGUAUCAGAAAAAGAGGAGCAGUAAAGUUUUGUCAAGGAUUAGCCGUAAAUGAAUGUUUGGAAUAUUUAGAUUUAUCAUGGAAUGGUUUAGAUAGAGAAGGGUGUAUGGCGUUAGAGUCAUGUUUAAAAAGGAAUACCGUAUUAAAGGAAUUAGAUUUAACAUGUAACAGAAUUGAUUAUGUUGGCUUAAAACCUGUAGUCAAUGGACUAGUGAAGAACUAUACUCUACGGGUUUUAAAGCUCUCUUUCAACCCUCUAACUACGACUGGUGCUGUAGCUAUAUUAAGGGCCAUAAUGUUAUCACCAAGAUGUUCAAUCAAAGAAAUACAUUUAGCAGAUAUUCCAGUGGAUAAAGAUUUUAUGAAAUGUUUGGCUGAAUUGUACGAUGUGAGAUCUAUUAAAGUGAUACACGGGGAGAAUCUUCAUCAAACUCACCAGGGCACCGAAAAACCUAAAGCAGCUCUGGAACAUUAUGAUCCCUGUAUGGUUCUUUUUGAAUAUAUGAAACAGGAAAAUCUACGAUUAAUAGACCUGUUCCGUGUUCUUGAUACAGACCAAAGUGGAACCUUAUCUAGAAAAGAACUCUGUCAGGCAUUUUUGGCUAUGAAUCUACCAUUAUCCGUAGCAUCCUUAGAAUUAUUGAUGCAGAGGCUGGACAGUGAUGACAACAAUCAGAUAGAUAUAGAAGAAAUGAAAAAGGGCCAAAAGAAAACAUUUCGAAAAGCUCAGGCUAUGAGAAGAAAUUCUGAGGUUGCUUACGACGCCAUUCUUGAAGACAUUAAGAAACAUGUCAAAAGAGCUAUAGAUGAAAAGAGAAGAACUAAACCAAAUGAAUCUCAUGAUAUUAUCUCUAGAAUAGAGAAAGCUUUGAAAACUUGAUCAGGAUGUUAUUUGAUUUAAUACAACUUUAUAUGAAAGAGUUCAUUCUAAUAUACAUACAUGAUACACAUUAGAAUUUA